UGAGUUCACAUUUACAUCGCUGCCUCCCCUCCAUUGCAGGGCAGGUAAACAAGAGGAAAAGAUGAUUUUUCCCAUUUCGAAGACCGUUUCUCUGUCUCUCUCAAACCCAAUAUUUCUGUCAGCGUGUCUCAUUUACAUCCUGUGAUUAAAGCAACCGAACCCAUGGCUUCCUUUCAUCGACCUUUACUCUAAAAACCGCUUUCAAAGUCAAAAACCUCUAGAUGCACAUUCUUUCAGUACUCUAUGGAUUUGAGGAGACUUCCAAUCACCAAACCUACCCGUAUCUUCUACUCCAUCACCCGCCGCUUAACCUGCGUCACCUCCAUCGCUCACCACCACCAAGAACAACCUCCUCAAUCUCAGCAUCGGCCGCCAUUACAGCCCCAGAGACAGAGCCAUUCACAGCCUCCCAAUCAGAGUUUUCCCAACUGGGUAUCUACUAUCCUCUCGAACCCAUCUCUAGAUACUUCCAUGUGUAAAUCAGUCAUUCCCCAUUUAUCUCCUUCCGAAUUUGAUCAGAUAUUUUUAUCUUUGAAGUCCAAUUUGAACCCCAAAACUACUCUGAAUUUCUUCUAUUUUGCGUCUGAAGCUUUUAGGUUUCCAUUUACUGUGAGAUCCUAUUGCCUUUUAAUUCGUUUGCUUAUUGUGUCGAAUCUGGUUUCGCCUGCAAGAUUGCUCUUGAUCCGUUUGAUUGAUGGUAAAAUGCCCGUUUUAUUUGCCAGCACAAAAAAUCGGCACAUUGAGAUUGCCACUGUGAUGGCAGAUUUGAAUUCGCCAUCCGAGCGAGUUCUUGGGGUACAGGCAUUGGAUAUGUUAGUUCACGUUUACUGUACCCAGUUUAAGAAUCUCGGUUUCGGUUUUGCUAUCGAUGUGCUUAGGUUAUCUGCGAGCAAGGGCAUGUUUCCUUCUCUGAGGACUUGCAAUUUUUUUCUGAGUUCUUUGGUGAAAGCAAAUGAGCUUCAGAAGAGUUGUGAAGUGUUUGAAGUGAUGUGUCGAGGGGUUUCUCCGGAUGUUUACUUGCUUAGUACCGCAAUUAAUGCCCUUUGUAAGGGAGGGAAGGUUGAAGAAGCGAUUGGGUUGUUCUUGAAAAUGGAGAAGUUGGGUGUUGCCCCAAAUGCCGUCACGUACAAUAAUAUAAUACAUGGCUUAUGCAAGAACGGGAGAUUAGAGGAGGCAUUGCAGUUUAGAGAGAGGAUGUUAAGGAACAACGUGAACCCAAGUCUUAUAACUUAUAGUGUACUUAUUAAUGGUUUUAUUACGCUGGAGAAAUUUGAUGAAGCAAAUUCUGUUUUGAAGGAAAUGUCUGACAGGGGCUUUGUUCCGAAUGAGGUUGUGUAUAAUACAUUGAUUGACGGGCAUUGUAAAACUGGAAAUAUUAGUGAGGCACUGAAGAUAAGGGAUGAUAUGGUAUCCAAGGGAAUGGCUCCUAACUCAGUUACCCUUAAUUCUCUCAUACAGGGUUUUUGCAAGAGUAAUUAUAUGGAACAAGCUGAGCAUCUUUUAAGGGAGAUGUUAUUGAGAGGGUUAUCCAUAAGCCAGGUGGCUUAUACUUCAGUCAUUCACGGGUUAUGUAUGAAGUCUAGGUUUAAUUCUGCACUACUAUUCACUAAGGAGAUGCUAUCUAGAGGCUUUAGACCCAGUAAUUCGUUGAUUACAACACUGGUUGUUGGACUUUGUAAGGACAGAAAGCAUUCAGAGGCAGUUGAACUUUGGUUUAGUUUAGUGAACAAAGGGUUCCCAGCCAAUAUAGUGACCUCAAAUGCUCUAAUUCAUGGACUUUGUGAAGCAGGUAACAUGCAAGAGGCUGUUAGGUUACUCAAGGAGAUGCUAGAGAGGGGUUUGGUAUUAGAUAAGAUCACAUACAACACACUCAUCUUGGGGUGUUGCAAAGAGGGGAAAGUGGAGGAAGCUUUCAAGCUUAAGGAAGAGAUGGCUAAGCAAGGAAUUCAACCAGAUACCUAUACUUACAAUUUGCUAAUUCAUGGAUUGUGUAAUAUGGGUAAAGUGGAUGAUGCUGCUAAGCUUUGGGAUGAGUGCAAAGGAAAUGGUAUGGCUCCCAAUGUUUAUUCAUAUGGGGUGAUGAUAGAUGGAUAUUGCAAAGCUGACAGAAUUGAAGAGGGUGAAAACCUAUUCAAUGAGUUGGUUACUAAGAAAGUGGAGCUAAAUUUUGUUGUUUAUAAUACACUAAUCAGAGCAUACUGUAGAAAGGGGAAUAUGAUUGCAGCCUUUAAACUCCGCAAUGACAUGAAAAGCAAUGGUAUUCCACCUACUUGUAACACAUAUUCUUCUCUGAUACAUGGAAUGUGCAAUAUUGGCCGUGUUGAAGAUGCAAAGGACCUUCUCAAUGAAAUGAGAAAGGAAGGUUUGUUGCCAAAUAUUGUUUGUUAUACUGCACUAAUUGGUGGUUUUUGUAAGCUGGGCCAGAUGGAUAAAGCUCAAAGUGUCUUGCUGGAAAUGUCUUCACAUAACAUACAACCUAAUAAAAUUACAUACACUGUCAUCAUUGAUGGGUAUUGUAAAUUGGGCAAUAUGAAAGAAGCAACUAAGAUGCUAAAUCUGAUGGCGGAAAGUGGAAUUCUUCCCGAUGCUGUCACAUACAAUGCUUUGACAAAUGGAUAUAGUAAAGAGAGGCAGAUAGAUGAAGCAUUUGAAGUGUGCAAUCAAAUGUCCAAUAAAGGAGUACCUUUAGAUGAAAUUACAUAUACUACAUUGAUUCAUGGCUGGCAUCAGUCUUCAACAAUUGCAAAUCAAGAUUAAUGUGGAAAUUUCAAGAGGGAAUCUGGUGGUAGAGACAAUCCUUGGCAACCUCUUCUCCAAAUUUAAGUAUGAUCUUUAACCCAUAGGGAUUGGCUCAACUGGUAAAGGCAUUGGGUUUGGAGGUAUGCUCCCUCUAGAUCUAAAGUUCAAAUCCCCUUGAGUGCAAACAAUCUCUAAGGGUCAUUGGACUGGGGGAUUUUCCCCUUUAAUUACCAGAGAUGUACUUGCAAGAAACUCUUUGCUGAGGGCCUGUGCGCUCCCGGGAUUAGCCGAGACGCUGUUUCGGACACUCAGUGCUAACAAAAAAAAAAAAGUACGAUCCUUGUACUUCAGAGAUUUCUAGUAGCUGCUUGUAUACCAUGAGAUGGUACUGGCUCAUUAAUUAUCUUUUCAGCCGUGAGCUUGUUUUAAGACUAAGUAUGUUGGUACAGUUCCUCAUAGGCCCACAGAACACGGGAUCUUGAUUGUAAGCUUCAUUUGGAUUGGACGAUGGAGAAACUUCAUUGCUUCCUGGCAGCCGGUAGUCCUUUGAUAGCUAUGAUUGCGAUACUCCUCAACAAUUAGGCAUGCAUUCAAUAUAAGCCUAUUGGAGUUGGUCAUUUCAAAGUUUUUUACCCGCCUCAUAAAUUUGAGGGUGCGAGCUCUGCGCCAGAUUUUGGAGGUCAGAUCAUAAAGGGGACGCUAGUGAGAAGAGUCUUAAGGGAAGAUGCAAAGGAAGUGGAUGACCACAAUAUUAUAUAGAACCUCAACCUCUCAAGAGUUCCUCGUAUCCUCAGGUUCGAUCAAAAGGCUCUAAACCCAUCAGGCCACUUAAUCGUUCUUUCUGAUGUUGAUUUGGAUAGCCUCGUUGUCAAAUAUGUCCUCCACCUCUGUCUGGCUUCUGAGACAAUCGUAGAGUUAUUAUUAAGCAUCCAAGGAUAUAAGCUUCAUUCAAUUAGCCUCUUCAAUUGUUUUUAUUUUCAUCUCCGUCUCCUGUAUGGCCAAAAGGAGAAAAAAAUCUGCAAGAAGUGAAACGAAAGGAUGUUAAUCUCUGUCAUCCUUUCUUUUCACCUACCCAAAUUGAAUCGUGGGUCGAUAUGAGGUCUAGCUGGGAAAAUUAUGAAGACGAGCAUGAUGAAAAUGAUCAAUUUCUAGCAUUUUGCACCAUCGAUUAAGAAUCCACCUUGUCACCUCAGUUCCUCAGUUUUCAGAAACACCAUGUUUAUUCCUACCAUCUUACUUCUUAAUGACUUUACAUGAGAUUGUCACGUCGAUAAAAGUUUCUUAUGCUUUGAAGACAAACAUGGGUACAAUGUAUUAACGAUCAACCAUGUAUUUUUUCUUCC